AUAUUUUCCUCAUAUCAUUUUUCUUCAAAAUCAUCUCGAUUUUCUGGCUUUACAAUGGCUCCAAUGGCUACAACCCCAGGAGGGAGCUUCUACGAGAAGAACAUAGGUCACGGCAAUAAUGCUACGAUCUCGCAGAAUAUCUCUAACCCUGCUCGGGACCCCAAGAAUUUCGCGGAUCCAAGUGGUGAGACCAUGAAAGCAUUGGUCUGGAUGGGGAAGAACAAAGUGGAAAUUCAGGAUGUGCCAAAGCCAAGAUUGGUCGAGAGCAGGGACGUGAUUUUAAAAGUCACGGGAAGCACGGUCUGCGGAAGCGAUCUUCACUUGCUGCAUGGGGCCAUCGUCGAGUUAGAGAAGGGGGAUAUCCUUGGCCACGAGUUUUGCGGUGUCGUUGAGUCUAUGGGCCCCAGUGUGACGGGCUUGAAAAAGGGUGACCGGGUCGUGGCCUCCUUCCAAAUCGCUUGCGGUGAUUGUUACUAUUGCAAUAAGGGCUUGACGUCUAUGUGUGAGAAGACGAAUUCAGAUCAACUGGCCUAUGAUAUGUAUGGAGGAAGAACCGCGGGAAUAUUUGGCUACAGCCAUUUCACCGGUGGAUUCGCUGGCGGACAGGCCGAGUAUGUGAGAGUUCCCUACGGGGACGUGAACCUCCUCAAGCUUCCAGACAGUGUUCCGGAUGAGAAGGGGUUGUAUCUCUCGGAUGUCAUCGGCACCUCCUGGAACUGUGUAGUGGACACUGGAGUUGAGAAAGGAGAUGUCGUAGCUAUCUGGGGAGCCGGUCCUAUCGGACAGAUGGCCGCUGAUUUCGCGUUUUUGAACGGAGCUUCUCGCGUUAUCGCCAUUGACUGUAACUGGAGAUUGGAUUACCUCAAGUCCAAGUACCCAAAGAUCGAGACUAUUGAUUUCAGCGCCCUUCCGCGCGGCACUUCAGUUACAGCGAAGCUGAAGGAAAUGGUGCCUAGAGGCCCUGACGUCGCCCUCGAGUGUGUUGCCGGGGAAUAUGCAAAGGGCUGGGCUCAUUACUUUGAGCUCUUGCUCGGCAUGGAGACGGACAGUUCGGAGAUCAUCAACGAGAUGGUCACAUCUGUCCGCAGUUAUGGUCGCUGUGGCAUAACUGGCGUCUACGUUGGCUAUACGAACCAUCUCAACAUCGGCGCAAUCAUGGAGCGCGGUAUACGAUUAAUCGGCAACGGCCAAGCGCCCGUCCAAAAGUACUGGGUAGAUCUCCUGCGCAUGGUCGAGGAAGGCAAGAUCGACCCACUAAAGAUGGUCACGCACCGCGUGAAGCUCGAAGAACUCGACCUGGUCUACUCCAAGUUCGAGAAGAAGGAAGACGGCAUGCAGAAAGUCUACGUGCAGACUCGAUUCUCGGCUCCUCCUUCAGCUGGUAGUCCUCCUCUGACUACGUGGCGGAAAUAA